AUGGGAAGCCAACAAUCCAGUUUAGGUGAGUCAAUUUGCAACUUUUUCAAUUAUAAUUUUAAUUUAUAUGUAACACAGGGUUUGAUUUGAUUUCGAUUCACUUUCUAUGCCAACAAAAGCCUUAUUUAUACUGUUUAUUUAGGGCAGCAGUAGCUUAGGAGGUACAAUGGUCAUCCAACAACUAAAGGUUUGGCAAUACCAUUCCUAUCCCUAGUCUGUCCAUUUUUUCAUCUCAUAAUGCACUAAAUGUUUUUAACGGGUGGCAAGCCAGAAAUUCAGGCAGACCAGUUUCUCAACAGGACUCUUCUCCUACAGAGCCAUGCCAUUGUAAUCCCUGUUGUUAGAAUGUGUUUUGUCAUGGUGCUGCUGAAAUAUGAAGGUUUUCCCUGAAAAAGUCUUUGUCUGGAUGGCAGCAGAUGUUGCUCUUAAACUUGGAAAUAUUGUUCAGAAUUAAUGGAAUGUCUGUUUAUUAUUUUCCUCAGAGCAAAAACAGCUCAACAAUAAGGAGAUCCGGAUCGUGUUGGUGGGAAAGACCGGAGUUGGAAAAAGCGCCACAGCAAACACCAUUUUGGGACGACGGGUAUUUGAAUCAAAACGUUCCCCUGGGUCUGUGACUGGAUGCUGUGCGAAGGCUGAUGGUGAGGUGGAUAAACAGAGGGUUGCCAUCAUCGACACUCCUGGUCUGUUCGACACCAGGGUUGAUGACGACAAAAUCCGUAAAGAUAUAACUCAGUGCAUUUCUUAUGCGUCUCCUGGACCACAUAUCUUCCUGGUCCUCAUCAAACUGGACAGAUUCACAGAGGAAGAAAAACAGACGGUGCAGAAGAUUCAGCAAAUCUUUGGAGAGGAAGCAGACAAAUACAGCAUGGUCCUCUUCACCCAUGGUGACCUGCUCAAAGGGACAACUAUCGAAGGAUACUUGAGGGAAAGCAAAGAGCUGCAGGAGCUGGUGGCCAAAUGUAACGGCCAGUAUCACGUCUUUGAUAACAACGUGAAGAACAGAUCUCAGGUCUCAGAGCUGCUCCUCAAGAUCAGAGAUAUAAACAAGAAGAACGGAGGAAACCAUUACACCACUGACACGUUCCAGAAAGCAGAGAAGGUGAUCGAAGAGGAGAAACAACGAAUCCUGAAAAAGAAAGAGAAGCAGAUGCAAAAAGAGCAGGAGGAGCUGAAGAAGGAGAUAGAGAAAAAAUACAAAGCAGAAAUUAAGAAAGCAAAGGAUGAUCUGGAGAAAGAAAAACAGCUCAGAGAAGAUCUGGAAAGAGAGAAAGAAGAGAAAGAGAAAAUACUGGAAGAAGAGCAGAAUGGGCAGGCGAGAGGGGAGGCAGAGAACAGCUCUUAUGUAAUCUCAAUGAUAGAGUCACUAAUGGGGGUACUUUCGGAAGUUGCUGUCGCUUAUUUUAAAGGCUGGUAA